AUGACUGAAUUGGCCGAUGGUUUGUUCAUGGGCAACCAAAAGCAUGCAGAUGAUCACGACUUGUUGAAAAGAUAUCGCAUAACGCACGUUGUAAACUGCGCGGGAAACAGCAAGUUAGCAAUCACCAACCCCAGUUAUCCAUUUUUUAAGCAGCAGUCCAAAGACAAUUACAACAUAUCUGCACAUUUCAUGCGAGCCAUAGAAUUUUUAGAUCAAUCCGAGAAAGAAGGAGGAAGAGCCCUGGUUCACUGCAACCUGGGUGUCAACAGGAGUGGAGCAAUUGUUGCUGCCUUCCUCAUGAAUCGCUACAAAAUGAAUCUUCUCAGAACAAUUGAUUAUUUGAAGAGAAAAAGAACGGUAGUGUUAAGUAAUCGAGGGUUUAGAAAACAGUUAGUAAAAUUU